GUUGAAGAGCUGCAGGAUUCAACUUUAGUACCUGGACAGAGAGACCGUGAACGCAACACAGCACAGAGGCUGCAGCUGUCUCUCUGCUUCUUCUCUCUCUAGUUGAAGUAUCUGACUACAGUUGUUUGCGAGGAGGACGAGAUGUAAAGUGUGGCAGAUAGGAAAGAAAAGAAACUUUCGACUACUAUAAUAGUUGUCUUCAUUGUGUGAUGUGUUGGAUUCACUUUCCACUGAGAAGAUGAGCGGAGUGACGAGGACUGAGGGGAAUGGAGAGGAGGACAACAAAACUAAUGUCCCAUGCAGGCGGCUUAUUAGACUCUCGCUACAAGAUCAGGAUCAAGCAAGCUGCACCUCGGAGUGGCACACCAACAAGGAGAGCAGCAUAGCAGUGGUGCUGCCUCAGAAACCAGAGGAGCAGGAAGAAGCGCUCAUCACUCCCACAGAAGACAAAGUUGAAGUCAUUAAGGUUUUCCUGGAAGCCCGUCCAGAGACAGAGGGGAGCGUCAGGAUGCUGACCGACGAGGUGUCGCAGAUUCAGGAGGUGAGGUACUGUCUGAAGACUCUGAGAGAGCAGAUGGCAGCCAGGCAGAACACUAACAACAACAAGUAUCCAGCCAAUGGCUUCAGAGUCAACGUGACCAGCAGCCAACCGGCUGUCACCAACGGCAACACCGUUAUCCCCGAGUCAGACGCUAAGGUCGGGGAUAAUCAGGAGGAGAGCGCGAAGCUCAGGGAGGCGACCAAGCGUCUGUACGCGCAGCUGAAGGAGAUGGAGAAGAGGCACCAGGAGGAGAGGGAGAGACUGCAGGCCGAGUCACAGGAGUACGGCGUUCGUCUGGCCGAGCAGUCCGAGCGGCUGCAGAAGGCUGAGGAGCGCUCGGAGGAGAGGGGUCAGCAGGUGGAGGAGCUGCAGAGGCUGGUGGGAAGCAUGGAGGUCGAGAGCGGCAUCCUCAAAGACAAGAUGGCUGCAGGGGAGGCAGAGCUGCUGCAGCUCAUAGAGGACAGGGAGGAAGGGGAGGAGGAUGAGGAGAGGUGUGAGGAGCUGGAGAAGGAGGUAGCCAUCCUGAAGGAAAAGAUCCAUCACCUUGACGACAUGUUAAAGAGUCAGCAGAGGAAAGUGCGUCACAUGAUCGAACAGCUGCAGAACUCUCGGACGGUCAUCCAAGAGAGAGAGCGAUUCAUCAGGGAUCUGGAGGAGAGGGUGGCUUUCCUGGAAGCUGAGAACAGAGAAAUGCAUGACCACAUGGAGUACUUAAUGCCAGGCCGGGACACUCCGCCCUUGACGUCCACUGAGAACAAGCCAGAGGUUGUUUACAGUAAAACACUCACACCGACGAAUCAGACCAACAAGGCCCUCCCGUUCAUCAAAGUCAUUGAGAUCAAGUCCUGAAUGGAGCGUCAACCAAACGAUUGACAUGAAGUAAAAUACAGUGUAAAUAUAUAUUUAACCACCCACCGUUAUACAACACGUAGAUCUGCAGUGAUUUAAAAAGACUGACUUAACAGACCUCAUGGUGACGAAGCACAUUGGUCCUUUGUUAGUUCCUCAUAGUUACUUUUGAGGCUGUUCUGCAUAUCUUUUACUGGCUCUCUCGGUGUCAAACAAUCUAAAAAAGGAAAGUCAAACUAGGAUCCAAUGGUAGGAGGAAUCCUAAAAAAGGAAACAAGGAAGGAGCUGUGCACUGCACAUGAUAUACAAAGACACAAAUCUGUGCAGUAUACUUUGUCAGCAAGUCUUCACGAUGCAGUGGCAGCUGCCAGAGUUCAGUAAAGUUCCCGGUGUUGCUUUUUUUCCACCUCCCAUGCAGAAGCUGUUUGAACAGGUCAAUAUAAAAAAAGGUGGGUCGAGGUUUAAAACCGCUCUGUUAUUAUUGUAAAUAUCUCUGUUAAAACAUACAUUUAGACAAAUGUACAAAUGAUUACAUUGUGUUGAGUGUUUUCAGCACUUGUUCAUCCUAUAGCCUAAUGACCGCACCCUGAGCAGCCGGGUUCAGGGUCAGAUUCCUCAGUGCUUUGCACCACAUUGCCAAUGGCAGGCAAGCAGUUGGCUAUGUCAAUGCUGAAAUAUGAUUUAUGUUAACUUAAAUAUAUUUCUCUGACAUUAGAGUGGAUCAAAUAUAAUAAGAAUGAUAUUGCUAUUUGAUAUAUUAGAAGCUUUAUUUUAAUUAUGCUGGAAAACACUAGUUAGAAGUUGCUUGUAGAUAUAUAGAGGUUAGUUGAUAGAAACAUUUUAAUUCUUAUCUACGCUGCCAAGGUCUGCCUCAACACCCUUAUUACAUAUCCUGUGCUAAAAGGUUGCAUUUUUAAUAACAACUCUCAUUUAACUGAUACACUUGCAUUGUUUGUAUGGUCUUUGCUGUUUUCCUGUAAAAUACUUGCAAUCCAUGAUGUACAUUUUUAUAAAUUGAGUCCCCAUUUACUGUGAACGCUGUAGAUAGAUACAUUGAAGUUCAGUCUGUGUCAUUUUGUUGUAGACUACAAAAUAAUCUAAUAAAUAAAGUAUGAAUAAAA